ACAAUAAUUUACAUUUUGCAGUUUGAUGUGAACUUGAAACAUGGCGCGGCUUAGCGAGCACGGAAUCCGUCUGAGCUCUAUGAGCCCGUCCUACCUGGACAGCAACUCCACCAGUCACACAUGGCCGUUCAGUGCUGUCGCCGAGUUAAUAGAUAAUGCUUCUGACCCCGGAGUCACAGCCAAGCAGAUCUGGAUUGAUGUGGAAACUGUAAAAGGAGAGCUGUGUCUCAGCUUUACAGAUAACGGCAGUGGGAUGACACCCAGCAAACUGCACAAAAUGCUCAGUUUUGGUUUUACAGAGAAAGGCUCUGGAAAGGGCAAUCAUCAGGCUAUAGGGAUCUAUGGUAAUGGUUUUAAGUCUGGAUCAAUGCGUUUGGGACGCGAUGCCUUGAUCUUUACCAAGAAUGGAGGAUGUCAGAGUGUGGGGAUGCUAUCUCAGAGCUUUCUGCAGGCCAUCAAAGCACAGGCUGUUAUAGUACCUAUAGCACCAUUCAACCAACAAACUAAGUCAUUAGUAAUAACAGAGGAUUCUGAGGCUAGUCUGAGAGCCAUACUCACCCACUCUCUGUUUAAGUCUGAGGCAGAGCUGCAAGAACAGCUGGACUCCAUCCCAGGCAAGAAGGGUACCAAGAUCCUUAUAUGGAACAUCCGCAGAAACAAGGACGGGAAGCCUGAAUUUGACUUUGAUGCAGAUCUGGAGGAUAUUCGGCUUCCAGAGAUCCAUUCAGAGGUUAUGGAGGGAAAAACAAAGAGGAAUUACUUCGGACCUCGGAGAACUGACCAUAUAGUUCCAGAAAUGGACUACUCUUUAAGAGCGUAUCUCAGUAUUUUGUAUCUGAAACCCAGGAUUCAGAUCAAUCUUAGGGAGAAGAAAGUUCAGACCAAACUAGUAGCCAGGAGUUUGUCUCUGAUUGAGAACGAUGUCUACAAACCUCAGUUCAUUAAUGAGCGAGUAAAGAUUACAUUUGGCUUUAACCAAAAGAACAAAGAACAUUAUGGCAUCAUGAUGUACCACAACAACAGGCUUAUCAAGUCCUAUGAGAAAGUGGGCUGCCAGAUCAAGUCCUCAGGUCAAAGAUCAGGCGUGGGAGUAAUUGGAGUUAUAGAGUGUAACUUUUUGAAACCAGCUCAUAAUAAGCAGGACUUUGAGUACACCAAAGAGUACAGACUUACUUUGGCUGCUCUUGGCCUUAAACUUAAUGAUUACUGGCAUGAAAAAAUGGAAAAGAAGGCAAAAGAAAAAGCAUUUCGAGCUCUGGAGUGUAGAAAAAAGGAAAAUGAGGAGGAGGAGGAGGAGGAGGAGGAGGAGGAGAAAAAGGAGGAAGAGGAGGAGGAUGAAGAAGAUGAGGAGGAGCAAGAACUGGAUGUGUCAUGGCUUCAGUGUGAGGACUGCAUGAAGUGGAGAGGAAUUUCCACUCGCCUCUUCAAGUCAAACUUCCCUGAGCACUUCACCUGUAGCCAGCACCCCAUUGCCCGCUUCAGGAGUUGUUUGGUACCAGAAGAACCAGAGGAGCACGAAGACGAGUUCACACCUAGCUAUGAGAAGACACACAAAAAACAGGAACAAAGCCGGACCAAAAGAAAAGAAAAAUGCAUGCGGAGAGGUAAACGUUCGACUUCUCCUGAAAGUGAAGAGGCACCUGAGUCCUUCUCAGAACUCACACUGGACAAUGCUGUUAUUUAUAUUGAAACAGAGAUAAAGGGCAAGGUCAUCACAGAGUCCACAGCAGCCAUCACAGAGAACUCACAGUCACACAGGCACAAGCGAAAAGCAGAAUGGCCAAAGUGUGAAACUAACAGCAAGUUGCCGAAAUGCAUCGACCUCACAGACACCUCUGAAACAGAGAAAACUUUCUCAACCGAGGAAACUUCAGAAUCAGAGCAACAAACAGUAGAGAAAAGUCCAGAAACUCUGGAGAUUAAUAGCAGCAAACAAACGACAGAGUCUACUGCCACAGACAGCAUUUCCAACCCAACUGCUUCAGAACCACUGGUCUCACAAAGCCCUCAGGCUAAAGAGCAGCUGAGACUUACCCCAGGCCCUCCAGGCUGGCAUCACCCUGUCACCUCCAUGGCAUGGUCUCACCCGCUGCCACCCGCUCAGACCGUAGUGGUUCCUCCCCUGAGCCGCACCAGCAGGCAGCCACUGCCUCAGCUCCCGCUGGAUGGUGCUGAACGCUCAGCGCUUACCAUCAAGCUGGAUCAGCUGGAACGGGAGGCCAAGCGCCUUAGAAAGAUCCUCGGCCUACGAGAAGCCGUGGUACAAAUGGCUCAGUUAUCAGACGCAGAAGUGUUGGAGUCGGCAGGAACUGAACUGGUCGGGACACAGAACUCAGAGGAUGAAACCAUGGCAAGAGUUUCUACAGCAUCCAAGAAAUCAGGCCCUCAGUCAGAUAAAGAAAGCCCUGUGAAGACAAACGGCAGUUCUCCAGGUCAACAGGAGGCACCAGUAAUACCUAUAGAUGACCUAAACUGGAGUAAAACAAUGGCGAAACUUCAGAGCCAAAACCAAGCCUUAGACACAGAGCUAAAAAAGGUAAAGAAGGAAAGAGAUGAACUGCAGAGCAAAUUAAGACAAGCAGAAAGAGAGGCAAGCGAGAGAAAAGAUCAAAGCACCAGCACACCCUCGAAUGCACAUGACGGAAUCACAAUGGAAAGAUUAUGCUCUAUCCGCCAGAACAUUGUUUCUCUUCUGUCUUCCAUCCUGCCCAACUUAGACAUGCAGGGAAUCAGCUAUGACACAGGAGACGUAGACAGCAUCCUGCAGCAGAUCAUUCAGGCCAACAACCUUUAAACUUUUAAUCUCAGCCACAGGACUAUUACACAUAAACAGCAUCUAAUCUUAGUGCAGAAUUUGCAGCUGAAUUUAAGCAUUUAUAACAAUAACUGAUUUCAGUGCUUACAAAUGGGUCUUUUAGGAUGUGUACACCCAGGCCAGUAGUGACUGAAGUCAAUAACUGUAUCAGUAUAUGUUUUAGAGCUAAGCUUCACAGAAAUGGGGCAUACAUGGCCAGCACAGAGCUUAUAGCUGAGCUUCACAUGACAAAUGCAAACUGGCCAUAUAAUAACUCAUAUAAUAAUAAUAAAUAAACUCAUCUCAGUGCACAUUUUACAGCUAAGUUCAAUAGAAGCCUCCCGUGUAGCAAUAACUGAUUUCAGUGCAGCAGUGUUUACAGGAAAGGAGUAGUAAAAUCCGCAUAGUCACUCUGCAUCCAUGAAAGCACCUGCUGAAGCUUGUUUUUAAAGAGGCCUGAAUUUGGUUGUUAAAUAAAAAAAACUCUUAGCUUUACUUACAAACAAACAGUAAUCACUGAUAAUCACUGAUAUGAUGAGUGACAAGGUGAACAAAAGCUGAGUGUUUUUUUCUGCAAUAAUAAAAUCGCUAGAUGCUAGUGAUUUAGCGGGAGGAUUUGCCAUGUUUAUAAGCAGUUAUACACUUGAUUUGAUUACAUCAUUCGAUGGCGCAUCUAUAUUAAGGCUAGAUGAGGUCUAGAAAAGUGACAUGAAAAUGACUUAAUAUUUUAUGUCAUGUCUAAAUAUGAACAGUGAGUGUAGAAACAAAUAUAUAUAUAUAUAUAUAGAGAUAGAGAGAGAGAGAGAGAGAGAGAGAGAGAGAUAGUUAAAUAUGUAAACUUACAUAAUUAAAAUACAUUUUACGUUCUCAAUCCUUCAUACCACUGCUUGUUUUGUGCUGCAUUCAAUAAAUUCCUUUUAA